AUGCUCUGCGACUCCUCCAGAAACGACUCCAUUCUCACAGAAGAAUUCUCUUUUGCAACGGCCUUGGAAACAGCCCACCCUUUGGGCAUCCCCACCUUUGGCGUCCCCAUCGACGAGCAAGGCCUUAUCCCCUCCGAACUAGACCACAUCCUCUCAACAUGGAGCCCUUCCGAACGGGACAACAAGCGAAAACCACACGUCUUAUACACGGUGCCAUCCGGUCAGAACCCAACAGGAGCAACCCAAGGCCCAGAGCGAAGAAAGCAAAUCUACGACAUCUGCUCCAAGCACGAUCUGGUGAUCAUCGAAGACGAACCAUAUUACUACCUGCAACUCCCGCCCACCAUCACCCCAACCCCUACCCCUGCCCCUUCCAACACAACCGACUUCCUCGACUCCCUCCUCCCAACUUUGUUAAGCAUGGACACGGACGGGCGAGUCAUCAGAAUGGACUCCUUCUCCAAAGUCCUAGUCCCCGGCUCAAGACUAGGCUGGCUCACCGCCUCAGACCAACUCGUCGAGCGCUUCCUCCGACACGCCGAAGUCGCCAACCAGGGACCCAGCGGGUUCUCUCAGGUCAUUUUACAUAAACUACUCGACGAGACGUGGGGUCACGAGGGGUAUCUAAAGUGGUUGAUGGUGCUGCAGAGAGAGUACACCGAAAGAAGGAACACGCUCUUCAAGGCGUGCGAGGAGUAUUUACCCAAAGAGGUGGUGAGUUGGGGUGUUGUGAGGGCGGGCAUGUUUCAAUGGCUCCACCUAGACCACACCCUCCACCCGGACUCGAGAACAAAAUCUAUUCUCGAGAUUGAAGAAGAGAUUUUCGAGUCUUGUAUCGACAAGGGAGUGCUCAUCGCAAGGGGGAGUUGGUUUCGUGCCCAGCAGGAGGUGGCGCCGACGGGGCUGUUCUUCAGGGCUACGUUUGCGGCUGCUACGCCGGGGAAUAUGACUGAGGCUAUCAGGCGGUUGGGCGAGGCGGUGAGGGAGAGUUUCAGGCUCUAG